AUGGUGGAGGCCCUCGUCACGAACGCCGGGCCGGAGGCCGGCCACGCCCUCAUCCGCGAGGUGCGGGGCGACAAGGACCUCUGCGACCUGGUCAACGCGGUGAUCUACAACUCGGUGCUGAAGGGCUACGCGCAGCAAAAGCGCCACGCCGACGUGUGGGCCGUGUACCAGGAGAUGCUCAGGGACCGGCUCCAGUUCUCCAUCGUGACCUACAACACGAUCGUGGACGCGUGCGCCAAGUGCGGCGAGAUGGACAGCAUCCCUGGCGUGAUGGAGGAGAUGUCUCGGCAGCACAUCGAGCCCAACGUGAUCACCUACAGCACCAUCCUGAAGGGGUACGUGCAGGAGAACCAGCUGGAGAAGGCCUUCCAGCUGCUGGACGAGAUGAAGCUCACAAAGGACCUCCGGCCAGACGAGAUCGGGGCGGUGGCGGACAACACGCUUUUGGACGGCUGCGCCCGCCGCGCCCUGUUUGACCGAGGCGUGGCGCUGCUCAGGGACAUGGAGGAUGCGGGCGUGAAGCCCAGCAACUUCACGCUGUCGGUGCUGGUGAAGCUGGCGAACCGCAGCCGGCGACUGGACCAGGCGUUCGAGCUCUGCGACAGAGUUUCCCGCAAGCAUUGCCUCCGGCCGAAUAUCCACGUGUUCAACAACCUGAUGCAGGCGUGCACCGCCCACAAGGACCACGACCGUGCGCUCCAGGUCCUCGCCCGGGCCGCGGAGGAGGGCGUGCGCCCCGACGCGCGCACCUACGGCAUCCUCCUCCGCGGCUGCGCCGUGGCGGGCGACCUCACCCGCGUGGCUGACCUGGUCCGCGCCGCCUACGGCCUGCGCGGGGGCGCCGUGGCCGCCGCGUGCUGUGGCGAGGACGCUGCGGCUCUCCAGGUGCGCGGCGGCCUGCCCUUCGAGCUGCUGUCCGAGGCCUUCGCGGGGCUGCGGGGCCAGCAGGAGGAUGUGGCCCUGGAGCUGCUCCGGGAGCUGCGCGGCUUGCCCAGCAGCAGGGUGGACAUGAAGGUGCUCACCAGGCUUGCCACCAAGAUCGUCAGGUAG